AUGUUGCAGAUCAACAAGGUUCAGGGACAGAGGCAAGUGGGUUCCGGGCUGCACGUUACCCAUCUGUUCAGCAAGUUGCUGGACAAAUGGGGGGAUGUCAUGGCGAUUCAAACUGUAGAGCUGAUGAUGGCCUUAGGGAACAGCGCGAAAGAAAUUCGGAGUAUGCUGGAGUCGACCUGCAGGGCCUUCUUCGACCUGCAAGGAGUCCAGCUCAGUCCCGCCCCGGAUGCAGUCAUGACGAACCAUGAGGCUCGAGUGGUAGAGAGCGCACCGGAACGGUCUGUAGUUAGGCAGCUCAGGUUUGCUGAUCGGGUUAGGAGGCCGCCGGAACGCGAAGCACGGACGGAGACCGACUUGGCAAGUGUAGCAAAUGAAGGCGAGGAGGGUGUAGAAGAUCCACAGCUGCCAAGUCAGGUCGAACAGGCAGAGGAGCAGUGGAGGAAGGCGGCUGAUGAUAAGCGGGUGGGCGAAGCAGAAGCCAAGAGGAGACGGGCUGAAGAGAUGCAAUGGCGCAGUGAUGGCGACACCGAUCCUACCGUCUCUUUCCCGGGAACUGGAGACAUACGUGAAGCAUGGGAGUGUGGGGCACGAGCCGCUGCAAGGGCACACGUGGGAGAGGCAGGAGAGGAGCUCGCCAGCAAUGUGCGGCAGCAUAUCGAGGAGGAUAGGGGAUACGUGAAAGUUCGCUUGCCCAGCGUAAAGUGGAAGGCGGCUGAAGAGGCUUGGAGAGGGGACGUCGACGUGCCAGAGAAUUCGGGAGAGGCGAAAAAGAAGGAGGAGAGCAACGCGGGUGCUAAGGCUCAUAAGAUGGUGGAGGUAGAGGCGCACCAGAAUGUAGAGGAUGCGGCCCAUCGGUUCGUCGAUGCAGAGGCGGCACUUACGGCAGAGGACGGGGCACCAAAGGAAGCAGAGUCUGCGGCGCAGCAGAAGGUGGGUGCAGAGGCGGUCAAGGGUGCGGAGGCAGUCGCGCGUAAAGAAGCGGGUGCAGCAGCAGAGCUGACGUCGGAGGCAGUCGAGCUGCAGGUAGUGGAGGCAGUGGCGCAGAAGGAAUCAGAGGCAAUGGCGAGCCAGAAGGAUGAGGCAGCGGCGCAGCAGAAUGAUGAGGCAGACGCACAUAAGAAAUCAGCGGCAGCAGCGCAGCAGAAGGAUGAGGGUGCGGCGCCCAGGAUGGUUGAGGCAGAGGCGCAGAAGGAAUCAGAGGCAGCGGCGCAGCAGAAGGAGGAGGGUGCGGCGCCGAAGAUGGUUGAGGCAGAGGCGCAGAAGGCAUCAGAGGCAGCGGCGCUGCAGAAGGAGGAGGGUGCGGCGCCGAAGAUGGUUGAGGCAGAGGCGCAGAAGGCAUCAGAGGCAGCGGCGCUGCAGAAGGAGGAGGGUGCGGCGCCAAAGAUGGUUGAGGCAGAGGCGCAGAAGGCAUCAAAGGCAGCGGCGCUGCAGAAGGAGGAGGGUGCGGCGCCGAAGAUGGUUGAGGCAGAGGCGCAGAAGGCAUCAGAGGCAGCGGCGCUGCAGAAGGAGGAGGGUGCGGCGCCGAACAUGGUUGAGGCAGAGGCGCAGAAGGAAUCAGAGGCAGCGGCGAGGCAGAAUGAUAAGGCAGCGGCACUGCAUAUGGAGGAGGCAGACGCACAUAAGGAAGGAGAGGCUCGGAAUAAGGCAGAAGCAGCGGCGUGGCAGAAGGCGGAGGCAGAGGAGCAGAAACAGGCUGUGGAAGAGGCACUACAACUGGCUCGGGCAGAAGCGCGGAAGAAGGCUGUUGUAGAGGCGCGGCAGAAGGCGGAGGGUGAGGCGCAGAAGAUGGCAGAGGCCGAGGAGCAGAAAGCAGGCUGA